CGAAACCCACGGUUUUCUUGCUCCUUGUACGACGACCGACGGGAGUAACAACAGGUGGUUGCGGUGGCAAGUUUCGAACUCGGGCCGAGGUAGUUUGGCGCUCGUCGGUGCUGUGUCGGCGGGGAAUCGGCACUUCCGGGGUCGAGCGGGGGACAUCCACACUCAUACGGUGAGGAGUAGGAGGCCACUGCUGAUGAGGGACAGUCAAUGGCGCAAAAUCGUGGUGCGCCGUCGUGGAGGAACCAUCAUGCCAAGUACCCGAUAAUGUAUGGCGGGGAGAUGGGGGGUAGACCGGGCGGGAAUCGUAGUAUGCUCCUUGGCGGGGAGAUGGGGGGUAGACCGGGCGGGAAUCGUAGUAACCUCCUUGGAGGGGAGAUGGGGGGUAGAUCGGGCGGGAAUCGUAGUAUGCUCCUUGGCGGGGAUCGUUGUAUGAGAUCGGGGUGGGACUCGGAGGGGUUUGAUGGUAGGUCGAGCGGGGAUCGUAGUAUGAGCCUUGGCGGGGAGUUUGGGUGGAACUCGGGCCGGCACCUUGGGGGGAACUCGGGCCGCUACCUUGGGGGGAACUCGGGCCGACACCUUAGGUCACAACCAAUGGGGGCGGCACUUUCCACCCGGGAUAUGGCGUUACGUCGGGCACGUUGGGCCUUUCGCGAACCCUCUUGCUCUUCUUCCUCUCAUAUGGUGGUGAGGGAUCGGGGACAUCAACUUGUACCAAAGGUGGCGGGGGUGCGGGCAUGGGCGGAUAUCUACGAUGAUCCCGACCCUGAGCUCUGAUACAGCCAAGAAGACUGUUUGCCAUCCUCCUGAUGAAGCUCACAUCUUCCUUUCCCAACUCAAAUCUCCCGGUGGUCAUGUCUUUAAUCCGCUCGAUCCCAUCAGCCUAAAUCACAAAAAAAAUAAGCUAGAAAAAAAAUUUAGGGACUAAGUAAUACAUUUAAUUAUAAGGCGCAGAAUAUACUUACUAAUGCACCAUCGACCGCACCCUCCGGAGUCAUGUAACGGACCGAUGUUUGCCGAUAUCGAUCCAAGUAUGGGUCAUGAUACCCCAUUCGACCCACUUGAGCUGGAGUGACAAUAUCUUGCAUUUGUCGGUUCUCCCACAUGGUGAUGAAUUUCUCCAGCUUCAAGGGCCAAUCUCGAGUACCUUGCCGCCCAUCUCGACCAUGAAAGGCCUUUGACUAUCGGGGACCUCCAACGGAAUGCACUGCUCCCGACCAAACUGACGGAGGCAUCAAUCCGGCAAGUGCCACUCCACGGUCCCAAAACAAAUUAGAGGGACCCUCGUGCACCAUUGCCCGAUAUGCUCGGGGAAUUGCUGGAGAUGCUAAUGAACGAUGUUCUCCGGG